AUGGCCCAGCAAGCUAGAAAGCUGUGCUUCGUGACAGUUGGAGCAACGGCUUCCUUUCAUUUUCUUUUGGAGUCGAUACUGGACCCUGGCUUUCUGAGCGCCUUGAGUCAACGCGAUUAUACCGAUCUUCUUAUCCAGUUUGGCAAGGACGGACAGCGGCUCUUUGACGAGUUCGUCGCAAAGUACCCUCCGGGCGACCUCAAUCGCCAUGGCGUAACGGUGCACGGCUUCGAUUUCAACCAAGCAGGUCUGGACAAUGAAAUGCGUCUAGCUCAAGCUAAACCCUCAGAGAAUCGAAGCAGCGGACUAGUCAUUAGCCACGCAGGUUCUGGCAGCAUUUUAGCAGCACUGAGAUUCGGUGUUCCACUUGUCGUGGUGCCUAACCCUACACUUCAGGACAAUCACCAGGAAGAACUCGCCGGAGUACUCCAGGAUGAGGGAUAUGCGAUAUGGGGCCACUAUAGACAGCUGCCUGCGACCCUCGACCGCGCCGAGAUUUUGCGAACUAAGAUGCUCAGCUGGCCGCCCGUUCAUGGCAAACAGGAGAGACAGCCGCAGGAUUUGGCAGGUGUAGUCUCCGAGGAAAUGGGUUACUUGGAUUGA